UCAGACUGCGCUCCUGUCUUAUUAAUUUUUAAUGGAAAAUGGCUGCGUUUCUUAUCCAAACCGCUGGAGCUGGGAGAUGAAAAAAGGAGCCAUCUAGCUGACCACAUCUCACCUCUCACCGUCGCUCGCGUCGAAACUACCCGAUGCGGUGAUCGUGUGUUAGCGAACCGAUGUCCUGUGGCGAGAAAAUAUUCUGGAAAAUGGAUCGACUCGCGCUUUGAGGGGGAUGAAAGAUCAUUUUGCUCCUUAACCCUUUCUGCUCCGAGAUCUGCGAACAAUCGAGAUGAUGCGCCAGGUGACAACCAGUGACUUCUGCAUGAACAGCAGGCCGUCGUGCCUAGCAGAGGACAGCCACCACCCCACUGCUCACUUUGACCUGUGCACCUCACAGGCCAGCAAGUUCUACCCUCCUCCCCCUCCAUCAUCCCUCCAGAUGACACUGGCUCCCAUGGCCUUACCCACCCAGAGCCACAAGCCCAUGGUGUGCCAGAGACAGGAAGUUCUUGGGGGUGACCCCCGCUCGCCUGGAAAGCUAGCAGGCUUAAAAAACACCAAUCAAGCAACAGAUGAUGCCAAGAAGAAGAACAAGUCUGUCGGGAAGACGGGCAGACGUGGGAGGCCUUUGGGAACCACCAAGCUAGCUGGUUACAGAACCAGCACAGGGCGACCACUCGGUACCACCAGAGCUGCCGGGUUCAAGACGAGUCCGGGAAGGCCGCUCGGUACGACCAGAGCGGCAGGGUAUAAGGUCAGCCCCGGGAGGCCUCCUGGCAGCAUCAAGGGCCUCUCUCGCCUCAACAAACUGGUUCACAGUAGCACUUGCAGCGGAGCAGCUUUCCCCUAUCCACUACCACACAAAGAAAUCCUCUGUGAACCUUCCUGCAAAGAGAAGCCCGCUAAUGAGUAAAGCCUGUACCCCGUUUCUACUUCACCCUUCGUCUCUGGAAUAACAGACAGACACGCACAGGUUUCCUGCCACAUAUUGAGGGUGAUUGCAAACUUUCCUAGUCUGCUGUGAGGCAGAGAGAGAGGAGGAUUUUUCUAUUAUUCGUGUUUGUGUCUUUUGUGUGCCUGCCACCUGAUAAAAUUACUGUUUUUCAGUGCUAGAGAUCUAUAGUGUGCGAAAGGUUUCACUACACAGUGUACACAUUGCUGUAUCUGUUUUCUGGGGAGAAAAAAAUACCAGAUAUUCAUUGAACAAGAGGCUUUUAUCCAGCAGCUACUGUGGUAGUUAAGUCUUAGAGUGUUACAUGUAGCAUUUUAACGCCAACAAAUGUUGGAAACUUGGGCUGUCCUGUCAGAUUUUCUCUUCACAAUUAUUGCCGAUAACGACAAUAUUAUUGCAGUUUUGCAAGUUCAUCUAUACCGUUGUCUAUUGCAUAAUUUCUUUUAAGGCAAUUUAAUUAAAUCUCCAAAUAAAUGGAGGUAGCAAGAGAGUGUGUAACCAUAGCCGUGCAAAAGCAUAGAAUAAGAACAGCUACACAAUAAUGUUUGAUGUGAUAUUGAUAAUUUAUUUUUAAAUGUCAUGGUUAUCGGGGAAACCUCUCAUGGAAACGAUUCAAAAUCUUGUUCGAUGUAAACGAGGACAUUAUUGCUGAAUUGCUGAACUGCAGCUUGUAAUUUAAAUGAGCUGCCAUCAUGAAAAACAGGCAGGUUGAUAGGAAGUAAAGAAAUAUAGUUAUAGAGGAAAGGUUGGUAGUCUAGUGGUGUGCUCAGUGGCACUUCAAAAGUAGAAAUCUAAAUAUUUAUCCAGCAUCCCAGAACUAAAAUCUGACCGAUCCAGUUCCACUCAGCUCCUCAUGUAACACAAAAAAUGUAACUCCUCCUAAAAACAGAUUUUAUUCUCUAAAUGUCACAUUGCAAAAUAUCUACAUAUUAUUUGCAUGCAAAACCACUGACUCAACAUGCAGAUCGUUGUUAUCCAGCUAAGGUUUUGUUUGUAUUUUUUUUAAACUACAAGUAUAAAACUUAAAAAAAAAAUGUAUACACCUUCACAGCAACACCCUUCGUCUCUGAUGACCUGCUACAAAUUGGCUAAUGUGGACUGUGGUUGCCUUUUUUGUUACAUAUUCGGCACAGAGAAGCUGUAGACAUUUGGAUGGAUGGUGUUUUUGUACUUGAUCACUCUUCACGGCCACUAGAUAGUCCCAGCAACCUGCUGGCUUAUUUGUGGUGGGACUUGUUUCUCCACUCUCUGCUUUUAUCUGCUAUUCUUUUGCAAAUUUCAGCACAAAUACCAAAAUAAUCAUUUUUUUAAUGCGCUCUUUUUCUACACAGCUUACUUUUACAAGAACGGCAAACUUAAUGUCUUAAAAAAGCAACAUGCCCAUUUAAAAAUAUGACCUUCCUCACUGUUCCUGCUCUGGAACAACUUUUAGACAUGUUUUGUUUCGUUUUUAGGAGGCACUCGUGUUUGAAACACAGCUUAAAUGUCCUUAUAUUGAUCUAAAAGCUUCAUUUUUGGCUUUGCAUUUAUCACUCCUACAGCAAAAUGUAAACCCGUGUGACUGUUUUUAGUGUGUAGAUGUCAGUAUAAAGUAAGAGAAAGGGUACACUGCUUUAUUCUAAAAGGCUCACAUUGUAGAGGAAAAUCUGUUACCUACUAUUGUGUUCUUGUUUUGUGUCAAACCACAGGGUCCAUUAGUUGGUGUAAAAUAAUGAAAACUUGCGCUAGUGUUACAUUUGUCCCAAGAUAGUGAACAGAUUCACAGAUAUUCAGAAUCUCAUCUGCUAUGAAUGUGUUGCUGAAUGUAGUUCGAAUGAUAUGACUUUUAAAAGUUUGUGUUAAACACUUUUACCCAGCUAAAGACUCAAAAGUCUUAUUGGCAUCCUUGCUCACAGAUCAGAAAAUACACUGCCUGUCAAAAAAAAAAAAAUCUAAUAAUUUCUUGCACUGCCUUUUUAGCUUUGAUGACAGCUCGCAUUCACCAUGGCAUUGUUUCGAUAAGCUUAUGCAGCGUCACCAAGUUUUUGUCCGUACACAGUUGCAUGCUCCUGCAGGGUUAUGAAAGCCUGAAAUAUGAAAUAAUUGCUAGAAAGUUCUUUAAAUUUUUUGAAAAUGGAGAGUUUAUUGAACUAUCUAGCAAAUUUGUUUGAAAAAUGAAAUACAUUUUAAUUUCUAUAUAUGACUUUUAAUUUAUAUUGUGUUUGCUACAUCUUGCUUCAAAGGAAAUGCUUGAAAAUGCAUUUUUUUAGGUUUAUUAUUGGGAAAAAAUCACACUGAUGAUAUAACUCACAAAAAACUGAAUGUAUGUAAUAUGAAACAAUAGGGAACUUGGAAAGCCCCUACCCGGUUUUAGUAGUUUUAUCAGUCUCUUUAGUUGUUUUCUUUGCUUGAAAGAGGCCAAUAAUUCGACCCUUCCAACAUUCUUGAAUGAAAAAUGAGAAACUACUAAUAGUCUGGGUUAAAUAGUCUGCUGUCAGCUGAAAUAUGUUAAACACUGCAGUAAUUAUUCAAUAGAAGGCUCUUCCUGUUUUGUUUUUUUUUUGCUUAGUAAAAUGUGCUUUUUUUGGCCAGGCAGUGUAUGGACAAAAUGCUGAAAGUAAACAAAUGAGACCAUCUAAUGAGGCUGUCUCCCACUACAGGCCUCUAGGUUUUAGUGGGAAAUCUGCAGAGAGAGGGCGCUGUUCCUCCACAGGAAAGACGAGCUGAUUGCAACAUUUGGUGAUCACACCAUCACUGCUGUGAGACUCACAGCAAAUCAUCACUUAAAAUGUAACGUUCUAACGGAAAAGUUUAAGAAGCUCAUUAUUUUUUAAGUGAUGACAAAGUCCAAUCAUGCUUAUUGUUUAAGGUUAGUAUUUAUUAUGCAUUUUUAGGUAUAUUACCAUAACCCUGUAACGCACUUGAAGCCGACUGUUGGCGAAAGCGAUGUUUUCUGAAAUGCCAGUUUAGUAUAAAUGUAAGAUGCACAAAGCUUUAUUGGUUUAAUAUUUGUGACUUUACAACACGUGUAAUACACAUAUAGUUAAUGAGAAUUUUGAUGCAAAAUGACCAAUUGGCUAUGUAACUACUUGCCACUAUAAUUUUUUUAUUUAAUCAUUCAGCAAAUAAUAAUUUUUGGUCUUUAAAAUGUUCCCUACGGAACAUUCGCUUUUUAAUUGUAUUAUUCAUUUAUGGGUGGAUUUAAAUCCAGAGAGUGGAGAAAGUGAAACAGUUUCACUAAGUCGCUCUGCUAUGAUAACAUUUAAAAUAGUUACAUUUGGUGCAAUAAUCUGUUGUAUGUAUUGUACUGUGGAAACUUUGAUACUAUCACUUUUUAUCAUUGUAUUUUUAAACUUGUGUAUAAGGCCUUUUAUCAUUGGUUUGUUGACGUGCGUAGUGUUAUCAGAGGUAAUUCAUACAAACAUCCUCUUCACCCUCCUUUACCAAAGAAUAUGAUCUCAUCUGACUUGAUCUAAAAAUACUCAAACAACCUCACAAAACAGCCGGAGCGUGAAAAUGUAAAUGGAAGGUAAAAAAGAAACAAACCACUAACUCAUAAAAGAUGAUUGUUCGGCUUCAUCGUUACAUUGUUACAUCUGGGAGAGUAUGUGUUUAAAAUGAGCACACUGUAAAUUAGUACACGUUGAUAAUACAAACUUUACUUUUCAUUGUUUUCUAUUUAUAUGUUAAAUUGCUUCAAAAUUAGACUUCUUUUUAUCCAUAAUUCUUAUAUAGCCAUGUUUGAUAUUUACCUGAUAUUUUCCAUUGAGAUUAUGGUGGAAAUGGUGCCUGGUUUUCUCACAGUAUUUGUGGCUAAAGUGUUUGUUAAAUUGUUAUUAUUUGUUUCUAACCCUGAUAGGAUCAAAAUAACUGGGGGAGCUUUUCUCACAGCAGACAUUUUGAUAUAUGACACAGCAGGAAAAGCGUAAAUAAGAGCAUACACAAUGGCUACAGUGACUUAAACUGAGAUUUGAAGACAUGUUAAGGUUGCUUAUAACGUGUAAGUCACCUUUUAGUAAAAGCUGUGAAAUAUGGCCUUUUGUUACUGCUCUUCAAUCUUCUGGGUAGCUUCUGUUCUUAUAACAUCUGCAACUUACUGAAAAAGUGAACUGUGUUUCUUCAGAUUAUAGGAUGACUGUGUGUUUUGCCUCAUGUGCAACACACACACACACACACACACACACACGCACACGCACAAAAUUUGCUUUGUUCACUUUUAGCAGCUCCAAAAGACCUUUACAUCUUGCUAGUUUGCUAUUAGCGGCUAAAAGCUAGAUAUUUGCACACAGACAGCGAGGUUUUGGAAACGUUGCAUUUUUAAAAAUCUGUUAAAAACAACAGUAUUUCACAGCGAAACACCCAGAUUAUGUGUAAAAAACCCUCAUCAGGCAUAUUCACAUUUUUAUUGAAAGAGCUUAGCUUGCUCUCAUAUGCAUUUUUUUAGCAAGUAAGGGGGAAACUGUUAUCUGGAUUGAAAUCCAAUAAUUAUGUCACUACAAAUGUCAUUGGGGGUUGGGGGGUUUGGUCAUAAAGAAGCUAAAUGUUUAAUGAGUAUUUAAAAAAACUGCUGUGGUAGAACAUACAUAUAUGGACAAAAGGUUGGUCACCUGCAUGCUAUAUCUAAAGGGGCUUUUUGUGUUUGGCAACCCAUGCCUUGAACUCCCAGUUCAACUUUCUGUGCCGAUGUUAAUACUAGAAAAGCUUUGGAGCGCGGCAGAGACAGCAGAGCGUUGGUGACUGUUAAACACUAUGCCUCCUCUGCUCUUACUACUUCAUGACUGAGUUGCUGUGGUUCCUAAACACUUCCACUUUGCAAUAAAACCACUUACAGCUGAUUGUUGAAUAUAUCUAGUUGUUAUAUCUAGACUUGUUACACAGGUACCACAGCACUACGCUUGAAUGCAGUGAGCUCUUCAGAAUGACUCAUUCUUUCACAAAAGGCAGACUGCGUGGGUAGGUGCUUGAUUUUACACACCUGUGGCAAUGAGACUGAAAGUUGUGGCUCAAUGCGUUUGUCCAUAUAGUGUGUUUAUAGUGUAUGCAACUAAGGAAAACCCCCAAAACAUGUUUCAGCUCUUUAAAAAAGACAGGAAGCUUAUUGUGUUACAGGCGUUAAAAGAACAGAAGGUAAUUAUAACAACCGUUAUCUUAAUUAUCUCAAGCUUUGAUAUUUUUAAGUAUAGAUAUAUGCUGAGGCUGGGAUUAGAGAUGCUUGUGGUUGACUCUCAAGUAUUUGACCUUUCAAAGUCAGAAUUUAGGUAAGACACUUUCUGCACCUUUACAGAUUUUCUCUGAAUGGUAAGAAUUUAAGGGAAUGAAAUGAUAAACGUCCAAUGAUCCCAGAGCGCCCUGACUUUCUUUGUGCGUCUGUUUUACUGUAGCUUUUAUUUCUUUUGUAGAAUUGAUGUACAAAAGAAAAAAAGGACAAGGUGUUAUGUUAAUAAUUUCUGAUGUGUAAUUUUUUUACUUCUAA